GCACGCUCGCCUCGAACCCCUUACUUCUCCUGUCAGUGCAAUUGUUGAUAUCAGAGCUAGGACCGUGAGCAGGUUUUUUACUUGUGCAGGGAUAUUGCUGUUCAGUCAGUUUGUCGUUACGGUUUAAAUGAGAACAGCAUUUGCAAAUUUCAAAACAAGUUGCCAUGAGAACUUUUUCAAUUACAAACCGCUCAGGGUUCACCUCUGAGCUCCACUCGGCAAAGAUGCAUGUGUGAUAGCUCGCCAAUGUUAGCUCGCAAGCUAGCCUUCACUGCUAGAAGCAAAGUCCGUGUUCUUACUUGCGGCAGCCUGGGAGUCGUUCAACCCGUUUAAAGCAUGGAGAAGAUUAAGGAACAGCUCAUCUAUCUUCAAGACCCUCACAUGGUCGCACGCUUUCAGUACAUUUGCGGGGUGCGAGGGACGUUUUCGAGAACUACCUCCGCCGGCGGUUCAACCUCCGACGGUGUCAAGGCGGCGGACCGCACUCGCACGCACAACAACGGGGCUUGCCAUCACCAUGUCACCGGGGAAACCCGGAGGGAGAACGUGGCCGUUAUGGGAGCCGGGGAAGGGGAGAAAGUCCCGACGACGGAACGAGAAGUUCGGAGAAGGAUUGCGGAUCUAAACGAGGCGAAAUGCGUCAAACACGACCGCGAAAACGCCUUGCUGAAUGGUUCAAUUGCGACCGCCGGCGGAGAAACGGUCGGUGCCCCCGUCGUUGGGUCGGACGUACCCGGGUCGUCGGGCUCGGAGGACGGCCACGUCUCGUGUCACGGUCGGGGCAGCACCGUAAAACCCCUCCGCAGAAAUUCUCUAACCGGGGACGCGGGACAGGAGUUCGUGAUCGAGAACAGGCUGCUGUACUACUUGUUCACGUUUGGAACGGAGUUGGGCAACGAGUUAUUUUACAUCAUUUUCUUCCCCUUCAUCAUGUGGAACGUGGACCCGUUCGUCAGCCGCCGGCUGAUUAUGGUGUGGGUUUGGGUGAUGUACUUGGGGCAGUGCACUAAAGAUGUCAUCGGCUGGGCACGACCCGCUUCUCCACCUGUGGUCAAAGUGGAGAUGUUUUAUAAUUCAGAAUAUAGCAUGCCUUCUACACACGCCAUGUCGGGGACUGCCAUCCCUUUCUCCUUGUUCUUCAUGACCUACGGCCGCUGGGAGUACCCGUCUGCACUGGGCUUCAGCUUGGCUCUCUGCUGGUGUCUGCUGGUCUGUACCAGUCGAAUCUACAUGGGAAUGCACUCGGUUUUGGACGUUAUCGCGGGCUUCCUGUACAGCGUCCUCAUCCUGCUCUUCUUCCUGCCGGCGUUGGAUCUGAUCGACCACUUCAACUUGACCAGCAGCUACGCUCCGCUGGUCAUCAUCUCCCUUCACCUGGGCCUGGGCCUGCUCUCCUUCACGCUGGACACCUGGAGCACCUCGCGGGGCGACACCGCCCAAAUCCUGGGCACCGGCGCCGGCGUUGCCCUGGCGUCCCACGUCAACCACCACCUGGGCCUGAUGCCCGACCCGACCCCAAACCAGCUGCCUUUAACUAUGCCCGUCCUCAGCGCCGGCCUCCUGGGCACGGCCAUGCUGCGGCACAUCCUGGGCGUGCUGGUUCUGGUGGCCACUCGGGCCCUGAUGAAGGCCGUCACCAUCCCGCUGGUGUGCUGGGCGUCCGGCGUGCCCGGCGGCGACGUGAGGAAAGCCCGGCAGCACAUGGAGGUGGAGCUACCCUACCGCUACAUCGUCUACGGGGCUGUUGGGUUCAACGUGCUCUUCCUGGUCCCGCUGCUCUUCUAUUACUUGCAGCUCUGAGCGGACGCUAACUUUGGCGGGCGGUUAGCCGGUGGCCAGAAAAAACUGUGAAGUGACACGCAAAGGUAUUAUCUCCUUACCUCUUGCUACUUCUCGUCGUCCACCAUCCCCUUUGUGGUCAAAGGUAAUGGCAAUGGGACCAAUGAAGGUCAAUUAAAACCUGAACUCAUCUGGAUUAAAAACGUCUGAUCAGAUAGUUUUUUGUUUUUUUGUCCUGUUUGCUCAGAUUAGCUUUGAGCAUGACUGAAUCAGGAAUGGCCUGCUGAUUUAAUAGUUUCAUUUUUCAAUGACCUCAGCUUUUUCAGUUCAACCUGUGGCAGACCGAGAAAUGCCUGAUGGGAUGCGAUCAGAAAUGUAAAAUUACUAAUUAAUAUCGGCAAAGAAACGUGUUUACAUGACGUACAUUUUUGCUAAUCUUCUGCACAAAAGGCUCUUUGAGCUUCUCGGGAAGCUAUCUCUCAACUCUCACUCAACUCUCCAAGCAAUAUAACGAUUAUGAUUAAUAGACAAACCGAUAUUUGAAUGUGUUUGAGAGUAUUCAACUACAUUUAUGUCAAAUUGGCAAAAGAAAAAACAAUGGGAGAGAGAUUUUGCAAGGGAUAAGAUUGUUAGUCAGUCACUACUGAUAAACUCCAUCUUUUUUUCUCUCUUCAUAUCCUAAGCAGUCUCAAAACUAAAUGUAACCAGCCAACAAUAGCAUGCAGUGUUUUCUUUGAACACUGUUUCCUUUCUUAUUCAGACACGUUCAUGUCUGGCAUAUGCUUUGAGAUUAGAUGCUUUUUAUAUUAGGCGCUGGGGGAAAAAAUGACCGGGCACAUACUGUAACAUUCAGAGGUAAGACAGUAAUACUUUGUUUAGAAAAAGUACUAUUUGCUCUCUUUUUAUUCGUUGGACUGUUCAUCUCAGGGUGUUUUUUUUUUAAAUAUAUAAUGGAAAAAGUAUCAACCAUAUAAAGAAAUUUGCACAAAAUUUUGUUUUCAGCCCUACUUGUUGGGAUUGGAACAUGAGACCAAGGGUGUUUGUGUCACCAUUGUCAUUUCAUGUUAGAAUUUAUUUCCCCUGUGACAUCCAUCAAUAUUUGAUUUUCAUGCACUGUUUUAGUUUUAUGGACCAGUUAAGAAGGUAGACUUUAGUUUUUGCUUGAGGGUUCACGUUUUUUUUAAAUUGCUUUUAUUAACAGAAUACUUUUUUUUUUUUAAAUACCACAGUCCCUAAUGGUUAAAGGUCAUAAUUUUUAGUCAUUCUGAUAUCAGCAUCAACAAAAUAACCAUACAGGCAAAAAAAGGACCAUGAUUUCCUUUAGGUUCUGGCAAAUAAUACGUUUUCAUUGAUUGUUUUUUAAUUGUAGCCUUGUCUAAUUAACAAUAGCAAAGCUUUUGUUUAAAUUACAGCAAUAGUAAGUGUAAUGUAUUCAAUAUUUGUUUGGAAAUGUCAGUUUUUUUUGCAUUCUGACCGCACAAACAGUGAAACAGCCCAGACCACGUGGCCUUUCUUCUUAAUGGUCUUUGGUCAUUUGCUGCUGACCCAUAGGGUAUAACAGACCACCUUCACAAGGCUAAAAUGAGCCUUUUCAAAGAGUAUUCUGAAACUCAGAAACACAUAUGCUCCAUCACAUAGGGCAAAAAAAUAUAGCCUAUGUAUUGUUGUUUUGUUUGUGUUUUUGUAAUGGUUUUCUCUUUUCUUCUAAAACAUAACAUUUUAUGAACAUUAUUGGGAAAUGUUCCAUCGAGAUAGCUUACAUUCUGUUGAUAGCUGUUAUUGAAUUUUUAAAUCUUUCAUACUUUAGUUUUAAGAUUAUACCGAUUACACAAUUUAGCAGAUGGAGUUUUUGAAAAUUCUACUAGACUUCCCUUUAAGCUCAACACCGUCUAACCAAAUCAUGAUGCCACUCCUAUAAUAGACCACUUGCUUAAUGAAGGAGUGGGAAGGAAGAAAAGUUGAGCUUUUCCAUGUUGAAGGAGGCCACAAGCAGAGAUAAAUCGCAUAUUGAUCUGUGGUCAUAUCCUCUGGUAUUUAAGUGCCCUUUUUGAGAAUAAUUCUGGUAAUGCGUUCUCAUGCUGCCGCGUUCUUGUGCAUUUCACUUCUCAAUCAUAGAGGAAGCAUUCGUUUUUUUUUUUGUCUUAAUUGGCCCGCUAAGCUGUCUUUAAUGUUGUAUUUUUAUUUUGGUUGUUUGUCUUGCCUCUAUGGUACUCUUUUAAAAUGAAUGCACUGUUCCCAAAAUGCACUGUUUCUUCCUUUGAGCCAGGCAGAAAAGGGUGACAUUGAAACUUUAGUAUCGAUAGGCCAUAUUUUGGUUGAUGAAAUCAGUCACAGAAUGAUAGCAGACUGGCGUUAAGUUUUCUUGGUUUUGAUUGAAUGACUACGUUUUUUUAUUUUCAAGAAUUAAGAAAUCUGUAUGGCUAUUCAUCUUGACAACACCGUUUGGAAUUAGUUUAUGCAUGUAUGGCACAUAAUUUUCUUGUCAUGUAUAUAGUUUUCACCAUAAGAAAAUGGAAAAGUUGUGUUUUGUUGUUUUAUUUUCUUCUGAGUUAAUACAUUUUUGGACUAUAAAAUAAAUAACGAGAACCACCCUCAUUCUUUUAAACCAGAGGCACCCACAACAUGCAUGCAGCUAUGUGCCAUCAUGGCUUAAUUUAAUAGAUUAACUUUACCUGUAAACAAAACCAGCUUAUUUUUUCCAACUUAUUAUCUUGUAUAUUGUUCAGUUUCUGCCGCAGACAACAUCUAAAUUCAUACAACUACAAUAGUGAUUCCUUCAUAAUAUCUUCCCCUGUGCCAGUUACAGCAAAUGUGUGUCCCUGUUUGUGCUGCAGUGUAAUGUUGUGCACAUUAAUCUAAAUAACAUUUCAGUCACGGCAGAUCUGAAUUCUGAUAAUAAAAGUUCAAACUUUUCUAUGAUGAUGUUUCUGCUGUUAGAGGGAGAGCUUUUGAGGAACUGCUACUUAAGACUAAACAAAACUCCAUGACACCAUAAAAAUUACCACUUUUUUUUAGAUUUCACGCUCCGUGGUUUUUGAAAUAUUGAUCAAGUCUAAAAUUGCAAAUGUAACUUGCUGUAGCCCAAUAAUAACUUGCUAUUGUCUAUGCUGUUCAUUGUAAUUACAAUGGAUAACAAACUGCAUAUACUUGGAUCUUUGACUGUUUAAAAAAUGGCAUAUUAAUGCUUCAUUGACAGGGAAAUUAAAUAGUUGCAUAUUUUGCAUAUACUUUCUUUCGGAUUUAUGGUUCUGCUCACUUAAAACACUUGGUUUUAUUGUGAUUGUUGGAGUUGUCUGACUUGACCUAUUUGAGAAUUUAAAAGGUUAAAGUGUGUGGCAUAUAGUUUUUGUUAGCCAAAAUCCUCUCCACUAUUCCCCUUAAUGCCCUGAUUUUUGAGGACCUUCUGAUUCUUUUCUUGUUUUCGUGAAAGAGUAUCGGUUCACCCUGUGCUGUAGGGCUGCUUUUUGCACUUUGUAGCUAUAUAUAGAUGUUUCUUUUUAAUGUAACAAAAUAUUUUAGUUUCUAUGGUGUUGCUUUUUAUUCACUGCCUUCACUCAAACUUGCAGGAAACAUAUUAUCAGCUUACCUUUUGUCAAAAGUAUUUCAAUUAGAAUUGCAUUUUUCCUCUUGUGAAUCCAGGUUUUCAUUCCAAAAUGCCUUAAAUCAUGUUUAGGAAAUCUAGAAGACAAAGUGAUUUAGAAUUCUUCCUUUAAUAAUCAGAGCCUUCAAAAAUCCUGAUUUCACUUGUUCACUCUUGUUCUGAUUGGGCAGAUUUGAACAUAGAAUUGCAGUUUUACAGUAUUCUUUUAUACAUACUGUAUUUGCAGGAUUUUAUAUUCCAUAUUUUCCUAUGAUUUGAAAUAAAGUAUGUGUUUCUGUUUGUGUGAAAUUAACUGAAAUAAAAAAAAAAUGAUAACGA